GCCAAAGAUGGCUGCGCCCAUGUAAUACCGGCGCGGGUGUUGACCUUUUUUAUUCCUCCUUGUCACCUGGUGCCUGUGGUGGCAGGCUGUGCACGAGGACCAUGCUGGGCCGGACCCUCCAAGAAGUUUCUGCAGCGCUGAAACAAGGCCAAAUUACUCCAGUAGAGCUCUGUCAAAAAUGUCUCUCCCUUAUCAAGAAGACCAAGUUUCUAAAUGCUUACAUUACUAUAUCAGAAGAGGUGGCCUUAAAGCAAGCUGAAGAAUCAGAGAAAAGAUACAAGAAAGGUCAUUCCCUCGGGGCUUUAGAUGGAAUUCCUGUUGCAGUAAAAGACAACUUUAGCACAUCAGGCAUUGAGACAACAUGUGCAUCAAACAUGCUGAAAGGCUAUGUACCACCUUAUAAUGCUACAGUAGUUCAGAGGUUGUUGGAUCAGGGAGCUGUCCUGAUGGGAAAAACUAAUUUAGAUGAGUUUGCAAUGGGAUCUGGAAGCACAGAUGGUGUAUUUGGCCCAGUUAAAAACCCCUGGAGUUACUCAAAACAAUAUAGAGAAAAGAGGAAGCAGAAGCCCCAUGGUGAGAAUGAGGAUUCGAAUUGGCUUAUAACUGGAGGAAGCUCGGGUGGGAGUGCGGCGGCAGUAUCAGCCUUCACGUGUUUCGCGGCUUUAGGAUCAGAUACAGGAGGAUCGACCAGAAAUCCAGCUGCCCACUGUGGGAUUGUUGGUUUCAAACCAAGCUAUGGCUUAGUUUCUCGUCAUGGUCUCAUUCCCCUGGUGAAUUCCAUGGAUGUGCCUGGAAUCUUAACCAGAUGUGUGGAUGAUGCAGCAACUGUGUUGGGUGUGCUGGCUGGGCAUGACCCCAAAGAUUCUACCACAAUACAAGAUCCUGGUAAACCAUUUAUGCUUUCCAGCUUGACAGAUGUGAGCAAACUAUGUAUUGGAAUUCCGAAGGAAUAUCUUGUACCAGAAUUAUCAAGUGAAGUGCGAUCUUUUUGGUCCAAAGCUGCUAACCUCUUUGAGUCUGAGGGGGCGAAAGUAAUUGAAGUGUCCCUGCCCCACACCAGUUAUUCAAUUGUCUGCUACCAUGUAUUGUGUACAUCAGAAGUGGCAUCAAAUAUGGCAAGAUUUGACGGGCUAGAAUAUGGUCACAGGUGUGACAUUGAUGUGUCUACUGAAGCCAUGUAUGCUGCAACCAGGCGAGAAGGGUUUAAUGAUGUGGUGAGAGGAAGGAUUCUCGCAGGAAACUUUUUCUUACUAAAAGAAAACUAUGCAAAUUAUUUCAUCAAAGCACAGAAAGUGAGACGGCUCAUUGCUAAUGAUUUUGUGAAUGUUUUUAACUCUGGAGUGGAUGUCUUGCUGACCCCCACCACCUUGAGUGAGGCGGUGCCAUACCUGGAGUUCAUUAAAGAGGACAACAGGACGCGAAGCGCCCAGGAUGAUAUUUUUACACAGGCUGUAAAUAUGGCAGCAUUGGGAAGCAGAAGUCUCCACUUCUUACAAUGAAGAAUUAAUUCGUGGGUUUCCUUGUUUUCUUCAGGAUUGCCGGCGAGACAACCUGAACAGCCAGGCAGACAGGUAGUUGAACAUGUGGUGGAGGCUGUCCCAGGAGAUGUUAAAAAUGCACAAAAACAAUAAAAUGGGAGUAUUUGCUUCUGAAUUCUGAACAAAGGAGGUACAAGAGGAGCUCUGAGCACCGGAGGAAGUGCAACCUGCUGAGGCCCAGAGUCAUGCAGGACUGGGGGCAUGCCUCUCUGGGGAAAACCACAGGUGCAGACACUCUUUAUUUCUCUAAAAAUAGAGCUGCAAUGACUGAGAACUUUCUCCUUUUUUGCUGAAGGUGAAAAUUUUACUUCUGCUCUCCCAGAACCCCAUGCCAAGGAACCAGAACAACUCCACGUUGUACUGACUUCAUUUUUCUAUUUAACCAAUCACAAAUGAACUCAUUGGUGUCACAGAAAUAUUUGUUGUAACCUUGAGAGACCAUCUUGGACUUGAAACUUGGUCGUGGAUCAUGACUUUAGUGGGAAACUUUCAAGAUACACAAGAAAUACCCAAUAUGAAAAACUUGUGGAUAAUUUGGUGAGGAUGCCAAAGAGAGGAGGCCCAUAGCCUCCUCCUUUACCUCAGAUUCUCUGUUCCUUAUGGUUUCCUUGCCCUCUUGGCUUUCUUUACAGGUAUUCUCUAUUUUGAGUCCCUUGAACCCAAAGAGACAUUAAUGAGAAUCUGUAUUCAAAAAUUGGGAAAAUAUUUAUGAAAAUCAUAGAUCUACCUGGUAUAGUUUCAUCAUUGGAUUUGUCUUUGCCAGAACACCAUUGUCAUCUCGUGUUGAUCAGGUCUUCUAAUUUGUCAUUUGUAUGUUACUAUACAUAUAUGUCAGAAGCUGAAUUAUUUUUUAAUAAAUUCACUUUGUUUAGUAAGGAAGAAAUCUUUUCUAAAUAUGAAUUAUAUGAGGGGGAAAUGUAAGUGGCAGAACUUUCUGCAGAGUCACUGGAGUGUUGGCAUGGUAGAAAGUUAACCUGCCUGUUACCUUUUCAUUAAUAGUUUUCUCUCCUCCCAGGAUCCUUCCAUUUCCAAAUACUCAAUUGGACAAACUUUAUAUAAAAGCCUUCGGUGCCAGGCCCACUAGUUUUCUUACAAAUCUUGACUCUGAAUCCCUGAAAGAGGAAGAAAUUCACGAGAGAGAACUGCAUUAUUUUAAUUUUUUUUUUUAAACAUUUUUAUUUAUUUUUGAGACAGAGACAGAGCAUGAAUGGGGGAGGGUCACAGAGAGAGGGAGA